AUGGGCCCAGUCAGAUCACUGCGGCGGUCAAACCCGCUCACAAUCGUUGUGGGCGUGGUGUUGUGUAUAUUUAUAUUCGUCUUCCUCCUUUCCCCCUCGAGCGCAGAUUCAGCAGCGUCGAAAGCCAGAUCCGCCAACGCGGCCUCGAAUCCUCUAUCCCCCCCUACCUCUCCCUUCCGAAAACAAAACGAAAAGGCAAAUGGCAAAAGAAAGCCCCCGCCAGUAGUACACUACAAGAUGAACAAUGUCACCAGCACAGCCGACCCCGUCGGGAACAGAGAGACGAUCCUCAUUUUGACGCCAUUGGCACGAUUCUAUCAGGAAUACUGGGAUAAUCUGUUGAAGCUCACAUAUCCACACGAGCUCAUCACACUGGCGUUCAUGAUCCCCAAAAACCGGGAAGGAAACGCCGCAACCCUCGCUCUCCAGGAGCAAAUCACCAAGACGCAGAAGACCGGGCCAGAAAAGCAUCGAUUCGCCAGCAUAAUAAUCGAACGACAAGACUUCGAACCUCCCCUCUCCUCACAAAGCGAAGCCGAACGGCACAAGAUGGAAAACCAAAAGGCCCGGCGCGCAGCCAUGUCGAAAGCGCGCAACUCCCUCCUCUUCACCACCCUCGGCCCGUCCACGUCCUGGGUCCUCUGGCUGGACUCAGACAUCAUCGAGACGCCCGCAACGCUAAUCCAAGACCUCGCCGCGCACAACAAGGACAUCAUCGUGCCGAACUGUUUCCAGCGGUACACGGAUAGCAAAUCCAAGGACGUCAAGGAGCGCGCCUACGACUUCAACAGCUGGCAGGACAGCGACGCGGCGCGGAAGCUCGGCGAGGGCAUGGGGCCCGACGAUAUCCUGCUCGAGGGGUACGCGGAGAUGGCGACGUACCGCACGUUGAUGGCGUAUAUGUACGAGGAGGGCGCGGAUAUCAACACGGAGGUGCCGCUGGACGGGGUGGGAGGGACGGCGUUGUUGGUUAAAGCGGAGGUGCAUCGUGAUGGUGCGAUGUUCCCUCCUUUCCCUUUCUAUCAUUUGAUCGAGACGGAGGGGUUUGCGAGGAUGGCGAAGAGGUUGGGGAGGGCUGCGACGGGGUUGCCGAAUUAUAAGGUAUACCAUUACAACGAAUAA